AUGCUGGGCCUGUGCCUUUACGUCCCCGUGUCAAACUCGGACCCGGUGGAAGUGGAAUACUUCGAAUCUAACGGACUACCGUCGGAGCUCAAGUCGCUGUUCAACAAACUCAGCGUGUUCCUGCCCUCCGAGGAGUUGUCCACCUACCAAAAAUGGAGAAAGAAAAGUCUACAGAGGGAAGAGAAGGAGGCGGGCGGGCAGCUGGACUUUGAGGAGUUCGUCCACUACCUGCAGGACCACGAGAAAGACAUGAAGCUGGUGGUGAAGAGUCUGGACAGGAGGAAUGCAGGCCGCAUCGACCCCAAAGAGCUGAUGCAGUCUCUCCGUGACCUGGGCGUCCAUAUUUCCCUGCAGCAUGCAGAGACCGUCCUUAAGAGUAUGGAUAAGAACGGCAUGAUAACGAUCGGCAGUAAAGACUGGAGUAAACACGCCACGGUGGAGAAGACCGAGAACAUUCCUGAGAUCAUCCUCUACUGGAAACACUCCACGAUAUUUGACGUGGGGGAGAACCUGAUGGUACCAGACGAGUUCACCACGGAGGAGAAGCAGACGGGGAUGUGGUGGAGGCAUCUGGUCGCAGGCGGAGGAGCCGGCGCCGUCUCCAGAACCUGCACCGCCCCGCUGGACCGCCUCAAAGUCAUGAUGCAGGUUUAUGGGUCCCGAACCAACAACAUGUGCCUCAUGACGGGACUCACGCAGAUGAUCAAGGAGGGCGGCACGCGGUCGCUGUGGCGAGGCAACGGAGUCAACGUCAUCAAGAUCGCCCCCGAGUCGGCCCUGAAGUUCAUGGCCUAUGAGCAGAUCAAGCGUCUGAUCGGCAGCGAUAAGGAGACGCUGAGCAUCGUGGAGAGAUUCGUGGCCGGCUCUCUGGCCGGCGUGAUCGCCCAGAGCACCAUCUACCCCAUGGAGGUUCUGAAGACCCGUCUCGCCCUGAGGAGAACGGGUCAGUACGCCGGGAUCUCGGACUGCGCCAAGCAGAUCUUCAGGCGGGAAGGCCUGGGCGCGUUUUAUAAGGGCUACGUCCCCAACAUGCUGGGCAUCAUCCCCUACGCCGGCAUCGACCUGGCCGUGUACGAGACGCUGAAGAACAGCUACCUGCAGCAGUACGGCGCCAACGCCACGGACCCCGGCGUGGUCGUCCUGCUGGCCUGCGGCACCGUGUCCAGCACCUGCGGUCAGCUCGCCAGCUACCCUCUGGCUCUGGUCCGGACCCGCAUGCAGGCUCAAGCUGUGACGGAGGGGAACCAGCACCAGACGUCUAUGAGCGGCGUCUUCAGGCAGAUCCUGCAGAACGAGGGCCCCGCGGGGCUCUACAGGGGCCUGGCCCCCAACUUCCUGAAGGUCAUCCCGGCCGUCAGCAUCAGCUACGUGGUGUACGAGCACCUGAAGUCCCAGCUGGGGGUUACAUCGCGCUAAAACGCCCCGAUAACAACCCCACCACCCCACCGCCUCGUACUUCUGCUUGUUCCAAACUCUAGGGCCCGCGUUAGGAAUCCUCGGGUGGUUCGUGCGGCCGUCUCAUUCUGUGAAUGUCAGCUGGCGUACGGCUGAGCAGGAAGUUAUGGACUCUGUGAGCUCAGGGCGGCGAGACGACGACGAUCGCUGCUAUUUAUACGAAGAGACUGAGAGGAGAAAGGCGACUGAAUGCUGAAAAGGACCAAAUGUUUGUGUUUUCUGUGAAACGUGAAGCUGUUGUAGGUGUAGCAUUAACGCGCUCCGUAGUUCUGCCUCUGGAGAGAAACGAGAAGAUUUUUUUUUUGCACAAACUGUCUUAACUUCUCCACCCCGUCCUGAAUGAAUGAAUGUGACUAUUUAUUUUCACCGCUACUGUAUUUAUUGUUCUCUUUAAGUAGGAAAAAAAAAAAAAGAGAACGAACCGAUAGUGCUUUUUCUACUUGGCGGUGCGGACGAUCGCCUUUAACGUCCGUCAGACACUAACUAGCGGCGCGGUGGAGCUUUUAUUUUCAGAGCGGAGACGUUUGUUGGCACGUGUGUGUGUGCCUUUCAGAGGAAUGUUGUCUACGGUGUUCACCUCAGGUUCAAGGGAAAUGUAUCAUGGAUUCACUGACAUGUUUGUUUGGGAAUAGAUGAGCAGCAUUUUGCACUUUAAUUACCGUUAGAAGGGCCGAAAAAAUGACUUAUCAAUGCAAGAUGAGAACCUUUUGUGUGUAGAAGGAAGCCCAAGUAUUGUUUUAAUGGACCAUUUUGAUGCAAAUAAAUACCUAAUUGUAUAAA